UCCAAAAAGAAGAAUUUUUUUCUUCUUCUUCUUGUUUGGGAAUGUGUAAAGAUUGAAUCUUGGGAACAAAUUUUGUUGACAGAGGGGGAAGGAAAGGGAAAUAAAUGAUGGAUUCAACAGUGACAUUGAUUCAAAACUCAGACCCCAUGAAUAUAUCUGCUACUACAACCACAAUUGUAUCUUAUGGCUCUUGUUCCUUUUUAACAAAUUGUCCUUUGCUCUCUGCUAUCAUUGCUUUUGCCCUUGCACAAUCCAUUAAAUUCUUCACUUCUUGGUACAGAGAAAAACAUUGGGAUCUAAAGCAACUUGUUGGAUCUGGUGGAAUGCCAUCGUCUCAUUCAUCAACCGUGACUGCUUUAGCCACGGCUGUUGGUUUGCAAGAAGGCUUCGGAGGAUCGCUCUUUGCUAUAGCAUUAGUUUUAGCAUGUGUGGUGAUGUAUGAUGCUACAGGUGUAAGAUUGCACGCUGGACGUCAAGCAGAGGUUCUGAAUCAAAUUGUAUGUGAACUUCCUGAGGAACAUCCUCUUGCAGACACCUUACCGCUGCGUGAACUCCUUGGUCACACACCCCCUCAGGUUAUUGCCGGUGGAUUCUUAGGAUUGGUAACAGCAACAAUUGUUUGGUUGAUUACGAGCUCUGCAUAUCGAGCAUGACACUAAAGAGGUUGUUGUGACCUUUGACAUAAAAGGCAGUUACGCUACGAAAUAGUUUUGUUCCAUUUCUGGAUUGCCCUACAUGAUUUUUUUGAAGUCAAGUGAAAUCCUCUUUGUCACUGAAAUGUAUAGAUUACAGUUGCAAUCAUCCAUUGUAGGAGUUUAUACACACAUUGUAAAUAUUGAUUUUUUUUGGAAUUUUGGC